UACAACUUGAAGCAGGUUAUCAUUAUAUAUAAAGGACAUGCAGACUUGUUGAUCCCAACCAGAUUUUGGAAAACAUUGAUUCAGAAGGGUUCCAGCUGACUGUCUGUCUGCGAAAACAAACGCCAAAAUGAAAUCAGUGAAGAAAACUGAGUACUCCAGUAGCAGUGGAAGUGACUCCCAGAUUAGCAGAAUGGGAAUAGGAAGUCCUGUGAGCAAGAGCACAUUCACAACCCUGAAAACGAGUAGUACUGAGCAUAUUGUUUCUCCAGUUUACAGAAGCACCAUCACCUCCACUGCUUCCAAGCAGGAGGUGGAUCCUCUCUUGCAGAUGAUUCGACGAGACGAGAGGGAGCAGAUCAAGUCACUCAAUGACCGUUUCGCUCACUUUAUUAACAAGGUCCGUAACCUUGAGCAACAAAACAAAAUGUUGGAGACCAAAUGGUCCCUCUUGCAACGUCAAGGAGAUUACAGUUCCAACUCUGAGGAGCUGUACAAAGCAUACGUCAAUGCCCUCAUGCGACAGCUGGAAAGUUUUAAACAGGACAAGAUACGCCUAGAUAGCGAACUGCAGCACAUGCAUAGUGCAGUGAAUGGGCUCAAAGUCCAAUAUGAAGACGAACUGAAUAAUCGUGCAGGAAUGGAAAAUGAUUUUGUUACCUUGAAGAAGAGUGUUGAUGAUUCAUAUCUGACAAAACAUCAACUUGGUGAUAAACUGGAUGGACUUGUUAGCGAACUUGACUUCCUGAGAACGGUCUAUGAUGAGGAACUGCAUGAACUGCAAGCACAAGUUAAGGAUAUUGCUGUCACUGUUGAACUUGAUGAUAACCGUGAUCUGGACCUGAAUGAGCUUGUCAAUAGCAUGAAAGAACAGUAUGAGAUUUUGGCAAUCAAGGGUCGUGAUGAAGCUCAGGCUGCAUAUAAAACCAAGUUCAAUCAACUGACUCAGUCUACUGGAAAAUAUGAUGAUGAUCUGCGCUUCAUCAAAAAUGACAUCACAGAAACAACCAGGCGAAUCACAAAACUUACCUCUGAAAUCGAUGCCCUUAAGGGACAGCACACUGGGUUGAAAGCAGCAAUUGCUGAAGCAGAGGAACGUGGAGAAAUAAAUGUGAGAAACACAAGGAUGAGGAUUACUGAACUAGAGAAUGAGAUAUUCAAAGCCAAGCAGGAUGUAGCUCGGAAAUUACGGGAAUAUCAAGAGCUAAUGAACGUCAAAAUUGCCCUAGAUAUUGAAAUUGCCACCUACAGGAAGAUGCUGGAGGGAGAGGAGAUCAGGAUUGGUCAGCAGCAGAAGGCGAUUGUUCAUGUUAACACUGCACCAGUAGCUGGUUCAACUCACUCAUAUUCCAGAAGUUACUCCAGUGAACAGCAUGAAGGAAUCCUGAAUGCAGGCAUUACUCAGGAUGCCUCUAGAAGCUCAAGCACAAAGAAAGCUGUGAUGGUCAAGACUAUUCAGUCAAGUAGCAGAAAUAUGCUCUAAAAGAAAUCUGACACAACUGCAGGGGAAAAAAAAGCUGGUUCUCUGCCUCAUUGCCUCUCAAUUUAAUUUCUAUUUUGCAUCAAAUGGGCAGCAAAAAGUCUUUCUGCUUGCAGUCUAGCCAACUCAUCCUGUCUCUCUCUUUUUUUUAAUUACUGUGAGCUACUUCUAUGCUCAGAACCUUCCUAUUUAAUUCUGAGUGAAUAAUUGAACCCCUCUAAAUUCCUUCCUUCUCCAGCAUCAUGAUGUAUUGUAUGUCAUCAGAGUAAUAAUGGCCAUGCCACAGCCAGGUAAGAAUCAUGUAUCAGAAAAAUACUGUUUUCAAAAUAAAAUGAACAUAGAGUUCUUUGUACAAGACCUCAAGAACUGAGAGUCUUCAGUUAACUCCAGUAUGAAAGGAAAAGGAGAAGCAUGAUGAAAGCAUUGACUUCAGUCCAACAUGGAUGUGAAUCUUUACCGAGGGGAAGCUCUCUUGUAUCAGUCAUAUUUGUUCUUGCCAGCUGAUCAUAGUUUAUGGGUAACACUGUGUGGCUUUGUGUUGUGAUAUUUACUGUUGCAUAAAGUUGCUUCACUGCACAACAAAGCUGCAAUGUGCAGAAGUAAAAUGUGCUCUCCAUACUUUGGCUAUUGCUAUGAUUAUACCACUGAUAUUGCAUUCUAUUCUUGACCUCUCUAUUAAACUUGAUAAGUAGUUUCACCCCA